UUAACUGAAAAAAUUUUGUUAAUAAUUAUUGGUAUUUCUGUACAGAACAUACGUGCACCUUGUUGAACGCCUUGACGUGCUGCUCUGCACAAAAUUUAUUACAAGUGUUAUUCUACGCGCAUAGGUGUCUGGAAAAUCGAACUCCAGAGAUAGUACAACACGAUAUUACAGUAUUAUUUUCAGUGUUGACUGGUAACCGGUGAUCCCUGAACACAAUUACGUAUGUUACACGUACAGGUUCGUUCUGGACGAACACCCUAAAGAAUUUACAGAGAGAGAGCCUGUGAGCAACAAAAUAAUGCUAUUCCGGGUUCCCAAUUAUCAAAGUUUUGAAACAGCGAGCCUUUAAGUUCAAGCUAUUUCAUUCGCUGGUGCCAUAGACAUAGUACACAACUUAAUCGUUUACUUUAUUUCGCUCAAUCUGUUAACUGCAGAAGCCCGAUUUUGAUGGUUUUCCAUUUUUAAUAAUUUAUUAUGUUGUCGACGGAGUACAUUCUGGAGCGCAUGCUGCGUGAUCCGGCGGUGUUAGCCUGCGUGGCCAUCCAGGUGAUCAUCGCCGUCUUCUGGCUGCUGUCCACCUGCUACACCUUCUACCGCAAUUCCCGCGGGGAUGAUCCGCGCGUCCGCCCCGGGGAAUACCGCAUCGACUGCACGUGCCUGCCCGGGCGGCGGCCGGCCAAACGGGUCCCCAGCCGUAUCUCCCACUACUUCGCCCAGGCCAGUCCCAGCCAGUUUCCCCUGGCGCCCACGCUCAUUUCCCCGGAAGUCCCCGCACCUCCCAUGGAGGUGGUCACGGAGCCCAUUUUUGUCGUGUCGACCGCGGCGGAGAUCCACCAACCACCCAUGCACUUCUGAUCCAUCUACUGAAGCCGGGCUGGACGCCAAAAAAUCUCCUGCUGAUGGAGACUACUGAUGGGCGAAAUAUUUGUUGGACGUUUGCCGCAGAUUUCCCGCACAAUGAGACUGGGAUGAUGUUCUACCGUGGGCAGCUCCAGCAUUAGUAGUCGAUGGUUGAGGGGAUUGUUCCCGUGGUUUGUCUGCUGUUAUUUGACAUUUUCUCCUGUAUUGAUCGGCAGUCUACCGAUCUGUAGUCGCUCUGAAUACCUGUAGGGUGCAGGAUGGAACGAGGAUUGCGGAUAUAUUCAGUAAACUGGUUGCAGCGAUCGCAGAUGGCGGCAAGUCGCUGGCUGACUACCGGAUAUAAUAUACAGAUAGCAUCUUCUGUUUGUAUAUUUACUGACUGAAUAUAUCUAGCAUCUCUUUAUUAUGGAAUUAUUAUGCUGUAUUAAAAAAUUAUGUGUUUGCUGUAGUUUUAACUGCGAGAUCGAUUAGUAUAGCAGGUGUUGUUUUGUUACGAUAAAUACUGUACAGUGU